CCUAAAAGUCAGGGCUAUGCGGUGCUGAUGUGACCUGCGCAUGCGUGGAUCAGGCUAGCGGAGCCAGGAAGAGGCCGAGCUGUUUAUAAGAAGCUAUGAGCUCUUCUUUUAAUAUCUGAGUGUGUCUCUCUCACACACACACACGCUGCAGGAUGCCGAUCCCUCCCCCACCUCCACCCCCCACCUUCAGCCAGGCAAACACGACUCCGCCUAAGUUGUCUCAGGAUGAAACGAAAGGCAGAGGUGUGUUACUCUCUGACAUCUGCAAAGGGACCAAACUGAAGAAAGUGGGCGUGGUUAAUGACCGCAGUGCUCCCAUGAUCGAGAAGCCCAAAAGUGUGCCUAAUGCUGGGGGUGGAACCAGUGGUGGAGGCGUGUCCACAGGAGCACAGCAGCCAAUGGGAGGCUUGUUUCAAGGUGGCGUGCCUAAACUGCGACCUGUGGGAGAUGGUUCUGUAGGCAGAUCUUCACUCCAGCCCCCCUCAUCUCGCCCUGCUGCGCCUCGCCCUCCUAGCUGCCCUGACGACAGUGAGACCCCAGCCCACCAGCCGUCACCCCCUCCCCCACCUCCUGCAAGUCGGCGUGGCAAUGCUCCACCCACUCCUUCUCAGAAAUGUGCCACACCUUCUUAUAAUCGUGACAAGCCCCUCCCUCCCACUCCAGCUCCGCCUCCUCCUCCAGUGAAACCACCACCUUCUCCAGCAAGCAGUCGGUCCUCUUCCUCAUCGUCCUCUUCUCUAGCGCCACCCCCUCCCCCACCUCCAUAUCGCCAGCAGCUGUCUGUAUCUAACGGAUCGUCCAGUCCGGUGAACGAACUUGCCCCUGAACUUCCGCAGAGACACAACUCGUUAAGCAAGAAGCCCCCAGCAGGAGGAAACACCUCUACUCGAGCUCAUGCCCCGCCCCCUCCACCACCAAGCCCCUGCCCCUCCCCAGCUGCCGCCCGUCCGCCUCCUCCAGUACGUGACCCCCCCGGCCGUGGAGCAGCUCCUCCAGUACCUGCACAGAUGCCGCGGAACAGUCGUGAAGCUCCACCCCCUCCUCCAUAUCGGACACAUUGUGAAGCCCCCAGUAGGGGUAAACCCCCACCUCCCCCCUCACGCUCUCCUGCUGGAGCUCCGCCUCCUCCACCCCCUACUCGCAAUGGCCACACCCACAAUUCCCGCUCUUUUGCAGAUGAUUUUGAAUCAAAAUAUUCUUUCCAUCCCCUGGAUGAUUUUCCACCUCCAGAAGAGUACAGACACUUCACUAAGGUUUACCCCAGUAAAGCCACCAGAGUAAUGAGAGGAGCUCCUCCACUUCCUCCUGUGGGCCGGUGAACACUGUGAGCAGUCUCUUGCACGCACACACACACGCACACACACACACAUGCACAAGCACACACACUACACAAAUCCUGCACCUUAUUUGCCAUGUCUCGCUCUACAUUCCCUGUGGUGUGACUCCAUCUGUCCAUUUGUUAAUGACCCAACUCCACCCGAUUCUCUGCUUCACCCACGGGGGAUGUUUUUUUUUUCUUUUCAUGUGCAGGUGAUGUACAUGUUAAACUGUGAUGGUGCCAUGUUUUCAUCAAAACCCCAGAGUAGUAUGAAAGAUUAAAUUUGGUACACAAGCAUAUUAGCGAGCAUUGUCCUCUGUAUGAGAAGAUAUAUACAUAUAUAUAUAUCUUAUUUUGUGUGUGUGUGUGGGUUUCCAUUAGUCAUAUUUUCCUGCUGGACAAAGUGUCUGGUAAAAACAAUCAGUUAAAAGACAUACAUAUUUCAAAAUAAAUGAAGGACAAAUAUAUAUUUUUUUAAAGUAAGUAAAGAUCCUUUCUGCAUGUCUCGUUAAGGAAUAAUAGAUAAUAUGCUGAAGAAAAAAGGUCACUGUUUAAAUGUAGCUGUUUAAGUGUGCUGUCACUGCUGAUUCCCACAUAUGUCAUGACCUGCUGCUACCCUCUAAUUCAUUUAGCCAUUCAUCUAUCGUUUUCCAGUGAAUCACAGCUACAGUGGUUCUGUUCACAGGACAGGAAAUUAUGUCGAAUGCAUGUUGUUUGCUAAAUGGUUCUGAAAUCUCCUAAAGAUCCAUAUUUAUGUGAGAAAAUUAGACAGUCAGAAAAGAACACAUCUUAGCUGGUCAAUGCUAACAGCACUGGUCAUGGGGGGUUUGUUUGGGUUUGUCAUGACACGGAAACUGUGGGUGCUCUUAUUAACAGAGCUUUCUGCUGACAUUCACAGAAAGUCCGGCUACAUCAUUCAGUCACACAAUCACAUACACUCUAUUUAAAUCCAGUAUUAAAAUGUCCUCAGAUACUCAGUUCAAAUCUCUAUUUUGAGGAUAUGAAGGCAGCUGAUCCUAAGAUCUAGUGGCAUAUAUUCACUGUAUGUUCACAAGCAGAACAUUAUGAGCAAUCUGACCACUGUUAGAGCAUUAAUCUCUUUUCCCCUGUUCAGUGUGUUACUGAGGUCAUCAGUUGACAUUUACAGGCUUUGCUUAAGGUGUCAGCUUGUGGGUUCUAGGACUUGAACUCACAACCUUCUGAUCUUUAGUCCACCAUCUUAACCACUGAGCUACCCAUUAAUGAUGAUAAGUACAUUCAUCACAGGUUUAGGGUUCAGCACUGCAACUUUAGGAAAAAUGUGUUAGUGCUAAAACUUGGAUGAAUAAUUAUUCACAUUUUACUUCAGUUUCAGCCUGGUGUUUAUCUCUGUACCUCAGCACCAGAGUUUUAAAUAAAUACUUAAUAUUUUAAUGUUUUUAAUUUUCCUGACAGUCUGCACUAUGAUGGUGCAUUAACUUCUGCACCACUAAAUUAAACAAAUACAUUGGAACUAAAUUAUUCAUUUAUUUACUGUAGAUUUUUUUUUACAUGCUCAGUCACUUAGCCACUGAAUCACAUCUACAUUAUAAUAUCUCACAAAGGAUUGAGCUUGGUUUUAUUUCAUUCCUUUUCAGUUGGGGUGCUUUAUGGACAUUAGAAACUUUUUUUUAUGUUUAUGAACCACAUCUUUAGUGUUUUUGUAUUUUUAUUUUUGUUGUCAUUUAUGCCUGAAAGAGAAUUCCAUCUUGUGUUUAUCUUCCAUGUGUUAUGCCUUAAAACACUUCCAUGUCACUUCCUGUUUAAAGGAAUUGUAAACACAUAAGAAGUCAUAAAUGUACUAAUUAUGAAAACACUGUUGAUUUCUAAAAAUCACUAUAAGUUUGCAUUAAUGUUUCUCAUGAGUCAUUACACAUCCUUAUUCACAUUUUAUGCAUUAAUGCAUUUACCCACCUGUUACCCUUAAGGCCUCACCCCUUUAGUUCUCUAGAGACAUCCAUAUGACUCCACACUCUCAGCCGUCCAUCUACUCAUCCCAUCUCUUUUGUUCUCACUACACUACUUGGCUCCACCUCCUCAGCUCUCUUGCCCUCACCUGUCCCUACUUGAGUUCUGUGGAGAUGUUGGUUCUUCAGGUUCCUAACUCUGCCUUCUGAGUUCUCUUUAGAAGUUCUCUUAGCUCUACCCCUCACUUCUCCUGAUCCAGCCUUAAUCAGUUCUCUUUGUCUUCAGCUCUGUACAUUUUAAUAGUGUAAUAAUCAGCUGUUUAUCUGAAGAGGUUUUCAGUUACAUACAUCUCCUGUGCGCUCGUGCUGCAUUAUCAGAGUAAAUAUCAACAUUUAUUAGAAUUACGAAAGAUUCUUUCUGACACAGAUGCUGAACUUGUGUGAAGGAGUAUCUUUAAGCAUGUCUAUGUUCUUUACGUAUAAUGUAACUAAGCACUUGCUGAUAAGAAUAAUGCGUAUUGAAUAUUACCAUAAAUUGUGCAACUGAUUAGAGCAACACAGCUACCAGAUCCUCCUGAGAAAUGUGUUGUGUUUUUAUGCAUCUGAAGUUUUACAUUAAAUACAGCUUAGAAAUCAUCUUGCACACAUCAGGAACGUUUCCAUCCAAGUGCUUUGUACAUUUUGAAAGGAAAAACGUUUGUUUCCUGCCGCUGUUAGCUUAGUGACAUGAUGACAUCAUCAUAUGCAUUUCCAGUCAUGAACUCAUCAGUACACAAUGUAUUUUCUCUUUCUGUGUAGAGAAAAUUGUAGUGAUAGGCAUUAAUGUACUUUAAAGUUGUAAAAUUGUUAUAGAAAUUAUGAAUAAACAGACUCAUCUGUACAUGCUAGUAAAGAAAUAUUCUGA